AUGUCCAGACAAUCGCUGACGUUCCAAGAGCUGCUUCAAGGCGGUAUUGACACCGCCACGCAUGUCAUUAAACGGGAGACAAGAAGCGUAUACGCGUCAAAUUUCAAGAAAUGCUGCGAGUUCUGUAUCUCCAAUGAGUAUCCUGAUCCAGCUGUAACGCGUCACCACGAGCUUCCGUCGCUGUUGGUAGCGUUUAUGGAGAGUGUGUCUGCAUCUAGUGCCGUGUCCAACCAAACUGCGGAGAAGAUCAGAGCUGCAGUGGCAAACUUUUACGGCAGUUAUGAGCGCAGAGACGCCGCAGGACCGGACAAGUGGAUGGCAAUGACGGACGACAGAGGGGACAAGUACGGCCUCGGUAAUCCUGCAAAGGAUGCAUUUGUUCGUCAGUUCAUGCGAGGACUCAAGAAGCGAAAGAACAAGGAAUUUACGCAACGCCAAGCUACUCCUAUUUCUCUGGAUAUGCUGCGUGUGCUUCAUUGUCACUUAGCGCGCACAGCAGGAUUCACCGAGGCAAGUCGUUUGUGGUUUAUUGCUGUAUCUGCUUUCGCUUUCUAUGGAAUGUGUCGAAUUAGUGAGGUACUGAGUUUACAGUGGAAGAACCUUACGCUGAACCUGGCACGUCCCAGUACCUCUGACCCAACUACGUCAAUUAGCUAUGGUGUCUACAAACUGGAAGGGAGAAAGACGGAGGUAGCUGAAGGCCACUGCUACAAUCUUCAUUGUUUAGGUGAAAGUGAGAGUCCAAUGGAUGCUCUAGAUCACUUGAAGAAAUGGAGUGAGUACGUUGAUUCGAAGCCAGACCACAAGUGGAGCGAUAAUGACUACGUUUUCCCAGCUUUGUCUAAAAUUGCGAAGAGUGUUAUCAAGACGGAUGGCUCGCUUACAGGGUGCGAAAAAGCGCGUGUGGAAUGGGGCAAGAAGAUGUCUGAGCAGUCAUUCAUCACGCUGCUGAAUUGCGUCGUUCGCGAUCUCAAUCGCAAUGGGACAUCUGUGCCCGUGUACAUCCGCCGACAAUGGCGCGACAUUUGGUUUACUUCACACACGUUUCGACGCGCAGGCGCUCAAUACCGAUUCAUGUUUGCACCUCCUGAGCGGAGAUGGUCGCUACGAAUGGUGAAAUGGUGGGCGGGGUGGACUCCAAACGAGUCUGCAGAGACGCUUGUGCGUUAUCUUCUUGAUCAAGCAGCAACCGAUAAAGACACACAACUGGCAGACUGCUUGGCACCAGAUCGAGGAGCGCAUAUAGGCUGCCCUUCUACUUUUCAAGGACGGAAACGGGGCACGGCAGUAUAUCAUGAGCAGCGAUCUUCGAACAAUUCGACCACUCAGUUUGAAAAGCGUCUUAAAACCGUUGAGAGUUCGGUUAAACCUGUUGAGGACAAGAUAGACCAACUUAUCGCAGUACUACGACCUUCCGUCACUCCAAAACCAUCCCCACCAGCAACAAACUGCAACAUCAGCGCAGUGGAGCAGAUAUCAAUUCUACCUCCUGUCAGGGAUUGGAAGGAUUUAUACAGAAUGUACUGGAAGGCGGACUCGGCACGGCAUCUUUUCAAGCCAGUAUGUGAAUGGACACCACAGGAAAGAAAGCAAAGUGGGGUUCUACCCAGUCGUCUCAGCGUUGCAAAACUCAUUGCGGAAGAUGUUGUGGAAUUUGCUGUUUCAAAUGGAGUAUCGACUCCACGCGACGCAUCCGAGACGACAUUAUCCGUGUAUGCAGCAUAUUACGUCAAACAUUGGAUGGGAGAUACACCUACUGCUAGCUUAAAUGAGCUCACUAUCGACACGUUGGCACGAUGUAUCAGACUUGAUAAAAAAAACGCCGACUCGUGA